GGUCAUUCAGGAUCCCCAAGUCCUCCUCUCUCUUGAGUCGGGACAGCCGUCGAGGAACCAGCUGGGGACGGUUACCUCGGGGCCCCAGCCUUGCCCAGGACGCCUUGGUGCUGCCACCAUGGGUGCCUUAAUGGACCUGCUGCUCCUGGUCCUGCUUUCCCUGCUGCCUGGUGUCCCUGGACUGCCCUUCUAUAAUGGCUUCUACUACAGCCCCAGUGGCAGGAACCUUGGCAAUGGCCACGGGGAAGGCCCUUUCAAUGGCGUGAAGCUGGUGGUGGAGACGCCUGAGGAGACCCUGUUCACCCACCGAGGCGCCAGUGUGACCCUGCCCUGCCGCUACCACUACGAGCCGGCCCUGGCGUCCCCAAGGCCCGUGCGCAUCAAAUGGUGGAAGCUGUCGGAGAAUGGAGCCCCGGAGCAGGACGUGCUGGUGGCCAUCGGGCAGAGGCGCCGCUCCUUCGGGGACUAUCACGGCCGCGCGCACCUGCGGCAGGAUGGGGAGCGGGAGGCCUCCCUGGAGCUGCAGGACCUGCGGCCCGAGGACUCGGGGCGCUACCGCUGCGAGGUCAUCGAUGGGCUGGAGGAUGAGAGUGGCGUGGUGGAGCUGGAACUGAGGGGUGAGGCCCUGACUUCGGACGGGCAGUAUGGGGCCCGGGAGGGGAGCAUCCAGACCUCUGUGCUUUACACACACGAGCACAUCCAUCCUCAGAGCAGCCCGGGAGGAGGCUACUGUUCUUGCCACCACAUUUUACAGAGGAGGAAGCACAGGGAUGCUCACCCUUGCUCUCCUGCAGGGCGGGUAUACUACCUCAAGCACCCUGAGAAGCUGACGCUGACAGAGGCCCAUGAGGCCUGCCUCGAAGACGGCGCCCGUAUCGCCAAGGUGGGCCAGCUCUUUGCUGCCUGGAAGUUCCGGGGCCUGGACCGUUGUGAUGCCGGCUGGCUGGCAGAUGGCAGUGUUCGCUACCCUGUGGCUCACCCCCGCCCCAACUGUGGGCCCCCCGAGCCCGGGGUGCGGAGCUUUGGCUUCCCAGACCCACAGAGCCGCUCCUAUGGUGUCUACUGCUACCGCCAGCGCUAGGCCCGUGCCAGCCACCUCCCUCCCAGAUAUGUAU